AUGGAGGCACUUGUUGCAAAGGCGAUAGAACGCCUAGGGAGGAAAAAACUAUGGCUUGUCGCAUACGCCAUGCGACGGAUGGAUACGGCGGACUACACUGUCGCAGGUGUACGUGAUGCGCUGCGCCGUAUCCGCCUGUAUGUUGACGACAACGACUUUGCGGAGAUUGCCGCACAGUUUGCUGGAAACGAGGGCGCCAAUUUUGACGUUGCCGCAUUUGUGCAUGCCCUCCUGGCGACGCUGCCGCCACGCCGUGAGUACGCCGUUAGUCUCGUGGUGCGCAGAGUUGACCCGGAGUCGACCGGGUUCGUCAGCUUCGAGACGCUGCGGGAGACGUACGACGUGAUGCGGCACCCGCUGGCGCUGACGCUUCAAGACCCGAGCGGACUCGUCGAUGAAUUUCUCGCCGACUUCGAGGAGGCGCAGGCGGAGAACGGCAUCACGACAGACGAACUGGUUGCGUAUUACGUCGGCAUCUCCCACACUACCCCGCGGGACGAGGACUUUGAGCUCCGCUGUAUCCGGAGCUUCUCGCUUGACCGCCCUCGAGCUCGGUUUGACGAGGAGCCAACCACGCUCCAUUCGGAAAGGAAGCGUAGUAAAGCGAGCGGCCUCUGCCAAACAAAAAAGCACCCGCUAUACGAGACAACGUCAAUGCAGUACGGCAAGGAUUGUGACAAGGUGAAGUACGACGGCAAGUACUCGCUCAACCACAGUUUCACAAAGCUCAUAUCAACGCAGCACACAGGUGGUGCCACAUCCAUGAACAUGUAA